AUGACCUCCCAAGCGCACCCGAACGCUAACAUUAUCAGCGACAAAGAGAUUACUCUGAUGCAUCUUGAGAAUCAACCAUGUCGGGGAAUAUCUGCUGAUGAUGCAGAGUUUUUGGCAAAUUUCUCGGAGGAUAGCAAGAAGAAGGUUCUUAGGAAACUACGACUCGUUCCAAUGUUUGUUCUUUUGUACUUGGUAGCAUAUAUUGACAAGACCAACAUUGGAAAUGCCAAAAUCGAAGGUCUCCUCCCGAGUCUACACAUGGACGGAAUUCAGUAUAACAUUGCACUGACCAUUUUCUUGAUUCCUUAUGUUCUGGCUGAGGUUCCUAGCAAUAUCAUCUUGAAUCGCCUCAAGAGGCCAUCUAUUUACCUGGGAUCGCUGAUCUUCCUCUGGGGCAUCAUCAUGACAUGCACGGGCUUCGUUCAAAACUUUGCUGGUCUGGUUGUGAUUCGUUUUUUAUUGGGACUGUUUGAGGCUGGAUUUCUUCCGGGUGCUGUUUUGGUUAUAUCGAAAUGGUAUCUACCGAAUGAAACACAGACACGUAUUGCGAUCCUCUAUACUUCUGCUGCCUCUGGUGGUGCUUUUUCGGGUCUUUUGGCUUUCGGUAUAGCCAAAAUGGAUGGUGUUGGUGGAUAUGAUGGCUGGCGUUGGAUUUUCAUCAUCGAAGGCCUUGCAACGAUUCUCAUGGCUGUCGCUUGUUACCUGCUUCUCCUUGACUCUCCGUCUCUCUCUCCUGGAUGGCUCACCUCCGAUGAGAUUCGCUUUCUUGAAGUGCGCCAGAUAGCCAAUUCCGGACAGGAUGGUCAUCAAAGUAGCUUCGACAAGCGAGCCUUGAUUAGUGCUCUCACGGACUGGAAGAUUUACCUCCUCAUCUUUGCGACCUGGUCAAAUGCCGUCCCCAACUACGCGCUCAAAUUCACCAUGCCUGAUAUCAUAACUACUAUGGGCUUCUCAUCAGCCAAAGCCCAGCUUCUGACUAUCCCCCCUUACGCCGUCGGCGCUUUCUCCGCGUACUUUUUCUCCGUCUUCGCUGAUCGUUACACCUGGCGAAUGCCCUUCAUCCUAAUCCCACAACUGUGCCUCAUUGUCGCCUUCGCAAUCCUAUUCUCCAAAGCCGCCAGUAUCAAGGAUAACAUCGCGCUGUGUUAUUUCGGUGUCUGCCUUGCCUGCUUCGGAAUGUAUCCCAUUCUCCCCGGCGUCAACGCAUGGAACGUCUCCAAUAUCCUCAAUCCGCAGAAACGAGCUAUCGCAAUUGGCUAUUUGAUCUGCAUGGGAAAUGCGGGUGGGAUAAUCGGCAGCUUCAUAUAUCGUGCGGAAGAAAAGCCUCGAUAUCCCAGUGGCUAUGGUACCUCUUUUGCGUUUGCGGCUGCGGGGAUCGUGGCUGUUCUUGCUCUGGAGUUCCUCCUGUGGAAGGGAAAUAAAAAGAACGAGAAUAUAAGCGAGGCUGAAGCUUUGGAGGAGUAUACUGAGGAAGAGUUGAGGAGGAUGGGUGAGAAGAGUCCUCUUUUCAAGUAUAUUUUGUAGCACUAGGCUUGCAUCUUCUAAAGUAACGAAAUAUCAGUCUUUGCCGUGUUCAAU